CGGGACCCUGCCCUGUCUCGUCGCUUGUUCUCGUCCCGCCACCCGCCCGUCACGCCCACCAGCUGAUCCGCCCGCCGACCUCUUCCUCCCACCCCCAGAUACGCGAAGCCCUGCCCAAGAUGAAGACGGUAUAGGUGCGCCGCGAAAGAGGAGGAAGAUGGAUUUCAUUAUCUCUCUCGCCCACUUCUGCGAGAUCCACGGUCCCACGUCUGUUCUCUGCACCCAGAUCUCGCAGGGCUCUUGCGCCACUUGUCAUCCCUGCGACACGCCGCCCGCCGAAGACGCCUCCAAGUCGUCCUACUUUGGCCCUCUCUGCGACUCCCCCGCCGUCCACUCCCUCUCGUCUCCCUUUGAGACGCCACCCACCAGUCCCAAGUCGCCCAAGAACUCGCACAACCCAUAUUUCCCCAGCCUUCGCGACAGCGGCCUGGGAAGCUUCACCAGCCACCUAGGCGACGCCGACACGGAUUACUGCGAAAAUUGCACAUUCCUCGUGCCAAAGAAUGUCAGCGAGCAGUUGCCCGAUGGCGCGCCUGGAAGUCCGACAAAGGACGGCAGGGGCCGCAACGGCAGCCCCAUCCUCCGCUCCUCCCAGUCCAUAAUGGCACGUGGGGGCUCCGCGUCCGCUGACGACGAUUCCUCCGAAGAUCACUCUCAGGCGUCGACGUCAUUCUCAAGAUCUCCGAUGAGUCUUGCGCCGUCUUCCCCGGCUUCUGCAUCCUUCCCCACACGCAAUGCUCACACGCAUACAUUGACCUACCUUACGACCCGCCAACCCGCUUCGCCGACCGCAUACUCCCUGUUGAGGCGCUCCUGCAUCCGCACUCUGUCCUGCGAAGUCCUGCCGCGCGGCUCCUCCGGACCUAUCUAUUUCGGCGAUCCGGUGGCAGGUUACACCAUUGCUUACGUCUUCCGCCUCCCGGAUCCUCGUGCCCGAGGCCGGCUGCGAACAUACGCGCUUCUCGCCCUGGGUGGUAGAGACAGCUGGAGGGUGAGCAUGGCCAUGGUCAAAAUCACAGAGGUUUUCGAGCAGAUUGCAACCCAAAUCAUCAACAUGGCCAACUCUGUCCUCGAACGAGAGACAAUGGCCUCACCCACGAGCCCCAGCGUCGGCCUAUCCACGCCCCCACUGAGCACGUCUGGUGGCUCCUCGAUUCCCGGUCGUCGUGCAAGCCUGACCACCGGCAACCCCACCGCACCUAUCAAGCUGCCGCCCGCGGCAGCGCCCAGUCCAUCCCCGAGCUCGACCCGCAACAUUACGCCCGUGUCCUCUUUCCUCGCGGCGAAGAAGGUGGAUCCGGACGGCUAUCCCCGAGUCUCCCGUGAGGUCAUGCGCGCCAAAGGGUUGGCCGAGAUCGUCGGCAACGAGAAAUUCUUCGUCGAGCUUCAUGCACGCUUCUGCAUGCUGUUGUCAAGCCUGGUCAAGGAAUUCGGGACUGGCUGA